UUACCUCUAAUUCAACUAACUCAACACGGUCGUAUCAGAUCCAGUCCAUAACGGAAAGGACGAGAAUUCAGCAACCUGGACUGUGAGGAAGAAGGCGGGACUUCGACCACUAGUUCGCUUCAGAUUGGUCGAGGAAGUGAGCCUCAAUCUGCACGAGCGGACUCGGUCGACGGAGUCGGAUGGAUUGUUUGACCGCUCAAAUUCAGCCCCUGGCCAAUGAGGUCCCUGGUGGAGGCUCUUUGAGUCGGUGUCUUUUCUGGAGCUUUGACUUUGUCUUUCACCCUGGAGCAUCGCAAAUCCAAACUUCAGUCGAAGAUCCAGAACACGAGAGCGAACUUAGGGAAAUCCUGGUACCUACUUCGACCCUUCUGCUGACGACACGACCGCCCAACACGGAGAUCCUUUUCGCAAGGAAAAGGAUGACUCCGCCACAAGACAAAGAAAGAAAAUACCGCAUCCUUCGUGUUACGCGACACAUGCACUGCACUCCAGUCUACUCUAAUCCCCGAAUCCCCGGAUCCGAGUCGGGGAAUUCCGUUCUCCGGGUUCUCAAGGCAUUAACAUAUCUUCUCUCAUAGAGUGCUGACGACUUUGACGCAAUCGUGUCUUGACACGCGGCC